UCUGUGGCUGGGCGGGACACGCGGGGCCGCUGCUUUGCAAACUUUGCAAACUUUGGUGUUACUCUUCCAACGCUUUGCAGAGCCAAUAGCUUUGCAGAGCCAAAAGCUGCCGCAGAUAUCGGUGCGCUCUCGGAGACAGACAUCCAGCCGACGGGCGCCUUCUUCCUAAUCCUGUCCCGCAUCUCUCUUCGCGUCCGCCGACGGUUUCUCACCCGUGCCAAAGCAGUUCGUGGGGAUGUCGGCCGCAGAUGAGGAUGGCUUCCUGCUCCGCCCUUUCAAGCUGAUAGCCCUGCUGUGCGCCUUCAUCGCUCUCGCCCUAGACGUGGCGGCCCUUCUGAGCCCUGCCUGGGUCACGUCGGAGAGCUACUCCCGCUCCCUCUGGGUGUCUUGUAUCCAAGCCCGGGAUGGUGUUUGGGAGUGCAGCUCCACCCUCCAGACUGGUAAGGGGGCCCCCGGGGAGAGUUAGAAAUGCUGGACACAUGCACGAAGAGUCGGGCAGCAAAGAGACUUGGUUGCGCCUGGGAAAAGUCGGAGUGGGUGGGCAAAGUAUUGCAGUAUUUAUUUUUUAGGCAUUUGCCAAAAUCGAAAUCCUGCCUCAUCCCACCAAAUGGGAGUUUAAUGGCAUCAGCUCCCGAGAACUAGAAUAUACUUUUAUCAACUGCAUGGAGUGUUAUCUUGAAGAAUACUAGGGCAGAAGAUGCUGAGCUGAGUGGACCAGUGGUCUGACUUGGUGUAAGGCAGCUUUCUGCAUUGAACAGAUGGGAGAGCAUGUGCCCCCCUCCCCGGCUCCCUGAUACUGUUGGACUACAAGUCCCAGCCAGCAUAGCCAGGGAGAAUGGGAAUUGUGUUCCAACAGCACCCCAAAUGUCAUAUAUAUGCACAACAUCCAGCAGGCCAGGGUGUUGGAGGGGGCGGGGUUAGUGUGAUCUCAGGCACCUGCUGUCUUCAGCACAGUGGUAGAGCAUCCAACUUGAAAGCAGAGCAUCCCAAGUUUAUUCCUAGGAAUCUUCAGCUGGAGGUGGAAGAGAGUCUUGCCUGGAAAGCUGCUGGCAGUCAAUGUGUACACUACUGAGCAAGAUUGACUAAUGGUCUGGGUUGGUGUAGGGCAGAUUCCUAUGUGCCUAUAUGUGUGGGUUUGUUUGUGUGUAUUUUAAGACUUGCAAUCUGCUCCUGCCACACUCUAUAUGCAUGCAUAAAACAUAAGCAGUGGAGUCAGAGGGAAAUACAAGGCCCGUGCUACCAUUAGGCUGUGUGAGGCAAUCUCUUCAAUCGACAGAUGUUGGGUGUGGGUGUGUUCUCUUCUGCUGGAGACCAGAGCUGUGUCUAGGGGUGGCCACCAGCAAAGAAAAUUGUUGAGCAGGUCAGAUGCUAAAUAAAAGAGGGAUGAGGGUCUGUAAGGGGGGAAAAAGAAGCUAGCUUGGUAUUGAAGCCAAAACGUCUGCAAUGGACAACAGUCUUUUUUGUUGUGUAGACUUAGAAGGCCAGCAGCUGUAUGAAGGUUGUCAUAAAGAAGGUUUGUGCACCACUGAGAGUGUGAUCCUAAAUGUGGCUAACUCAGAAGUAAGCACACAAGACUUACCCCUUGGGUAAGUGUACAUGGGAUUGCAGCCGAAAUACAGUAUAUAUAAAAUAAUUGCAGUGACCAUUCCUGAAGCAGCAUUGAUUUUGAUAUACCGGUAAAGUAAGUCAUAAUGGUAACAUGCUCAUGGUGGUAUCAGGGUGGUCCUAUUCAAUUCUGCUUUCAGUACUGUUUGUGCUAGCAGAAGUUUUGGGGUGAACAUACUGCUUUGUUUCCAAUCAGUGCACAUGACAUAGCAUCCUGCUGAAAUCCUGUAACUUUUCAUACCAUAAAUUGGUUUUUUUUCUUUUUGGGGGGGAGGGGAGGGGGAUAGGUAGUUGGCCUGCUCUCUGUCAGCUAUGGUGCAAGAUGGCAGUAGUGCAGAAACAGUGAGGAAACAUCACAAGAUCACUAAUAAAGUGGAACUAAAUGUAGUAUUACUGCGCCAGUGACAUGUUAUGGAAUACACCCUCCCCCCAAAAACACCAGUCUGGAAAGGCCCCAAGUUCAGCUGUAGGGUUUGGGGCUGUGUAUGCAUUAGUACAAUAGGCUCACUCAGCAGAAGGGUUUGGGUUUAAAGGAGGACUUGCCUGGUGUAAGUAAAUCUGGUUUGCCAAGACUGUAAAGAAGUUCCCACUGCAGCAGUGUCCAGGGAUUUGGACUGCUGGCAGCUGUAACUUGUUAGGACCGUAUUCUUGGCUCUUUGGGACAUGGCCUCUUGUUCUGUUGCAAAUGUCUUACUUCUGUUUUUCUAUUAAAAAAAAUAUUUCCAGGAAAGCAGGGAUCUUGGAAUAAUUGUUUAUUUUUAAAAGCAGCCUGCACACACACCCCUUCUUUUUCUCUCCUUCAUCACCGUUGUAAGGUAGGCUGUGCAGAAAUAGAGUGACUGUCCUAAGGUUACCAAGGGAAUAGAGAUUUGAACCUGGGUUCCACUACACAGCAUGAGUUAUUGGAGGCUGCAAUAAAGAGCGCUCUGGUAUCAUAUCCAAGUCAGCCUCCAUUGGGAGCUAGCCUGCCAGCUAAUGAAUCUUCAGAAAUUUGCAAGCGGGCCUCAAGGGGAGCACCAGGUACAUACACGACAGUGGCCUAGCUUCCAGUUAGGGAGGCAUGAAUGGUGGUCGGUAAGGCAGUAGAUUUCCUAGAAAGGGUUGUGGCCUUUUCAUCAGGUGAAGGGGGUGGAAGUGAGACCUGCUUGCUGCCUCAGUGUAAGUUUCAAGGUGCAGUGAAUACCUCAAGGUUAAGUGUGACCCUCUUAAUUUUUUCAGGUUCUCUUAAAGUAGCUUGCUGCUACCACCUUCUCCCUAGUUUAUAGCACGGGGGUUACCACCUAAUAGCACAACAGGGCCAUUUACCUAUUGAACACGCACUGGCAUUUGCUUUUCCUCUAUUGUUUUGGCAGUAGAGCCUGAGACACAAUAAUCAGAAAUGCAGCAGGUGCUGGGGGAGGCAGCUGGGGAACUCCUUGCAAAGGCAUUUUUCUUUCCUUUUUGCAGCAAUUCAAGCUUGCAAAUUGGAAAUGGUGGGGGGGGUGUUAGGUGGGGAGGAGGAGAGAAGAGUUUGACAUUUGUCUCGGGUGUGAAAGCUCUUUAGUCUUUGCAAGGAGAGUAACAGAUGUGUGGCAUUUGCUAUCCAGGCUGCGCUCUGGAGCUCAAACCUGUGAUUUAUUGUCAGGCUCUUCUGCUGACCACCUGCUUACUGGCUAGAGUCCUUCACUGUCUUCUGCUCUCCCCUGCUCAGCUUGAGGAGUGGGAGACUUCAUAGAAGAGGGGUUUGGGUGAACUCAGAUUGUGAGUCCCCAUGAAGGAAGGGUGGAUGAGGUGACAGAGAGGUCAGUUGCCCUUGCCUUGGAUGAAGCAUGAUCCCCAGAUUCCACAGCGUUCCAUUUAAAAAGAGAGCUUCUAGCAUUUGUAGGACCUGUGAUACGAGGCAAAAUGUGCAGGUACUUUUCUUUUGUUCUAUGAGAAACCUGCAUGCUCCCACCUUUCAGUUGCAUGUGUUUGUUUAUUUGUAGCUUUUAACUACCCUGCCCUCUGCCAGAAAAAUAAUAAUCCUGCAGACACCCGUAAUCCAACACACCCAACCAAAUUUGCAGCAGUUAGGUCCAUUUUUGUUCCAUGUAGAGAUUCUUCAAUUCAGGCUUCUAUAACAAAAAAAGUCUAUUUUUUCUUUGCUGCAAGUUAGAACUGGGAAACCGACUUUUCCAGUCUUCUCCUGAGACAAAAAUACAAGCAGCUUGAGAAAGAGAGCAAGGACUGGCAGCUGAGGGUGCUGGUGGAGCUGGAACAGUGAAGGUAUUCAGUAGGGAUGUAUCACUUGUCUGGGGAACCUGCAGCCCUCCAGAUGUUGCUGAAAACAGCUGUCAUCUCUGGCCUUUGGCCAUGCUUGCAAGGGCUGACUGGAGUUGUUGCUGAGGCACAUCUGGGAAGGUCGAAUGCCCCCCACGCCUGAUUCAGGUUUGAGAAUUCCCCUGUAGCUACUUGAAUUCAAAUCCCACAGGGGGUGAAGCCCAAACGCCUAGAUCAAAUCAUGAUUCCCUGUGCUUGGUUCCUUGUCCCUACAGCAGGCCUUCAGCAAAACAAAUAAAAAAUUCACUUUAUUUUUAAAUCUAGCAUUUCCAUCCAUCUCCGAUGAGAAAGCUCCUCCCUCUCCCUCUGGCAUCCAAAGCGUAGCUGCCUUUCCCAUGGAGGCAAAGGCCACCCUGUUCUCUAAACCACUUCUGGCAUAGUGAAAAUUGCUCUGUUUAUCCGGAAAGCUCUUCUGUGGAUCUUGGAUCAGUUAGGGCCUCAUGCAUGCGGGCAUGCCUAACAGCUGGCUGCGGAACCUCUGAGUCCUCCCAGCUGUGCCAGGAACAGGAUGGUGAGCAGUGGUGACUCAGUUGCUCUGUAUGGUUCUGUUUUUGUUUUUCCAAGUCCUGGGCUCACAGUUCCUAAGAGCUGCAGUCCUACUAGAAAUGCAUACUGGAGCAUCCUCAGUAAGUCUGGUUCGAAAUUGGGAUGUGGGUGGUGGUGAAAGGAGUGCAGGGGAUGUCACAUAAACAUUGAAGCAGCUGCCAGUUGCCUUCCUUGGGUUGCAUCCACACCAUCCAUUAAAGCAGGGGUAGGCAACCUAAGGCCUGGGAGCCGGAUGCGGCCCAAUCGCCUUCUCAAUCCGGCCCGCAGACGGUCCGGGAAUAAGCAUGUUUUUACAUGAGUGGAAUGUGUGCUUUUAUUUAAAAUGCAUCUCUGGGUUAUUUGUGGGGCAUAGGAAUUCAUUCAUUAUUAUUUUUUCCAAAAUAUAGUCCGGCCCCCCACAUGGUCUGAGGGACGGUGGACCAGCCCACAGCUGAAAAAGGUUGCUGACCCCUGCAUUAAAGCUUUCCCCAAAGAACAAUGAGAGCUGUAGUUUUACCCCUCACAGAGUUACAGUUCCCUGUGCCCUUAGCAGCCCCCUUUGGGGAUUCUUUGGGAGAAGUCAUAUGCCUUAAACAGUUGGUGUGGAUGUGACCAUAGUUGCAAAGGCAGUCUUGUCUGCUGAUAGCCUCGUGGUCUGUCCUGCCCAGCAUCUCAUUGUUGGGGAAGUGAAUAGUUUGACAUUCUUAGCACCUGCAGGAAGUAGUCAUAGGAAGGCCUUUGAGCAGAAGUCCAGCACUCCUGACAGCAGCUGGGUUUGCUUGCCACACUUUGAACAAUAUAAUACACAUCAGCAUGUAAAGGGGCGGGGGAGGACAUAAGACAGUUGCCCACCUCCUUUCUGCCACAAGACCAGGAUUUCUAGACUCUAGAGCAGCAUCCCCCAGCCUGGGGCCCCCCAGGUCAGUACUGGAUUAUCCAGUAGGCAGAGUAAGCAUGUACUUAUAGUGUACCAUUCUUCGCAAGUGUCCUGGAAAAACCAGAACAUCCCAUUUUCCUCCAUACGAGCACAGUGGCCAUUUGGGGUGCCAUGAUUUCACCCCGAAAAAGUGCUUUAUUGAGGCUCUGAUUUCAUGUGCAGGGACGGAUUUAGGUUUGAUGAGGCCCUAAGCUACUGAAGGUAAUGGGGCCCUUUAUAUGUCCAGCUGUUCUUUGUCAACAACAAAUUGUCGCUGUUUUUUUGUUGAAUAUAUGCUAUAUGGUAAUUUAUGGACCUAAUAGGUAUCUAAAUCCACUUGCACUUAACAAAAUAUGUAUUUUAUCAAAGUAAUUGUUGAACUGAAACACAAUUAAGAAGUAUAUCAAUAGUGAAAUAAUUAUUAAGCUGUAAUUUAUAAUGAUUUUUUAUUCAUAACAAACUUAAUAAUGCAAACACUUUUUUCCUUUAAUUUUUUGGGGCCCCCCCGAGAGAGUGGGGCCCUAAGCUAUAGCUUGUUUAGCUUAUACGUAAAUCUGGCACUGCUUGUGUAGAUGCAAGAUCAUGGCCCCGGAAAAGCACAUUUUUUAGGCUCCAUGAUCUCGUGCAGGGCACGUGGCUUGCAUGGGAGUAUGGUUGGGAAGAAGGGCAUCCCAGUUUGGGGCCUCAACAUGUUGGAGGGCCUCUCAAGGUCUUAAUCUGUGUCUGUUCCAUAGGUUGCUGGGACCACAACUCCCAUCAGCCCCAGCCAGUAUGGUUAGUGGUCAGGGGUGAUAGAAACUGUAAUUCAAAGCAUCCAGGUUGAGGAAGGCUGCUCUAAAGUCACAGUUUACCGAACUGCACUCCCGGACAGCCAUUAUUUUAAAAGCUGUGGAGAAGAGCUGGGCGGAAACAAUGUGGGAAUUUAGGCGGGUUAUCCUUCAAAAAAGGAGGCCCCUUUCUCCUUGCCCCACAGAUGUCCCUAAAGUUAAACAGACCUCUUGCUGCUGCAUCUGACUUGGUCACUAUUAACUGCUGAUUAAUAGGAACUGGGAACCAGUCCUUUGUUGUCACAAUAGGCAGAUAGUAAAAGGGCCUGUGAUUCCAGAUGAUUCACUAGCUGCUUUCUGCUGUGCCAACCCGGUUCAGAACCAUUCCCAUCCCAGGAUAUGCUUUAUCCAUGUGUCUGCUUAGAAAGCUGUUUUAUCAACUCCCCCUUAUGCUGCCUCUCCCUUGUCUUGUUGCUUACGCUGAAGAUGUGCCAUUAUACUAUGGAAUAAAAUUAAAUAUAUUCCUGGUAUAGGUGACUGAUGCUGACUGAAGCUGCAUGUAUUGUUUGAUGCCACUGACCUUUCCUGUGGUCUCUAUAAAUCACGUGUGCAUAUACAAGCAGAAAUAGGCAAAGUUCCUUAAUUUGCAUAAUUUUGCAUUUCUUACUGGGGAGGGCAGUAAGCAGCUGCGCAGGGUUCUGAAGACCUGCUCUCUGGGUCUUAUUCAAUCUGCCUCUGCCCUCUGAGAAUCAGCAGGUAUUUGUUUGCAUGCUUUCAAUGUGGCUUCCAUAGUCACAAGGGCUAGGAAUUUGGAGUUGUUUUACUUACUUAGUUUGUUCAAAUGGGAUUCCCUGGAAGCUGAAGCCUAUGCCUUAUUUUUUCCUAAUUUGUACAUGCACAGCAUCACACUGUGCUAGCUAUGCAAGCUCACCUCCCGACAAAUCAUAUAAAUAUAUAUUGCAAGGUGUGGUUGGAUAUAUAUAUAUAUAUAUAUAUAUAUAUAUAUAUAUAUCUCCACACCUUGCAAUCAAAUGAUUUUCAAAGUGGCUUACAGAUGACAGGUUGUAAUAAUAUUUAAAAACCAAUAUUCACAAACAGAUAUACUCCUCUCACUGGUGAUGAAUGGGGACAGAGUAUGCUAUCUCCAUCACCACAGCAGUUCCAGAAAAAUUGGUAGUUGAAGCAGAGUGGAGGGGAGGAGAGGGAGCGAGUAUCCCGCAGCUACUGCUCCUUUAUCUGUGAAGGAUAGGACCAAUUUGGUCUUCCGCUUGCCAAGGGAGGCAGGAAUAUAGGAUUGACUUAUACCAAGUCAAUCUGCUGUAGAACUCAGUAUUGUCUGCACUGACUGCCCGCAAUUCUCCAGGGUUUCAAUAGCAGAAAUUUCCAAUUCUACCUGGAGAUGCUGUGGACUGAACCCGUGACCUUCUGCAUACAAAGCAUUUUGGGAGGAAACACAGUUCGAUGGCAGAGGUUCAGGCCCAUGUUCAGUUCUGCAGCAUUGACAUAUUGGGAAGGCCCUCCGCCCCAAACCCUGGAGAGCUGCUGCCAGUCAGUGUAGACAAUACUGAGGUAGAUGGUCCACUGACCUAUGGCUCUGUCUGCCAUGGUGUGGCAACCUCCCAGCAGCCAAAGGCCCAGAGUAUGCUGCCCUUUCAGGCUCAGGGAAAUAAGAACAUGGAAGAGUCUUGUUGGAUGCUUGUUGGAUGUUCACAGUAGUAAAAGCUCAUAGAACUUUUAGAGUUGGAAGGGACCUUGAGGGUCAUCUAGUCCAACCCCCUGCAAUGCAUCAAUCUCAACUAGAUCACACAUGACAGAUGGCCAUCCAGCCUCUGCUUAAAAACCUCCAAGGAAGGAGAGCCCACCACUUUUGGAGGGAGAUUGCUCCAGUAUUGGACAGCUCCUUCUGUCAGAAAGUUCUUCCUGAUGUUUAGUCACAGUCUUCUUUCUUGUAACUUGAAGCCAUUGGUUUGAGGCCUAGCCUCUGAAGCAGGAGAAAACAAGCUUGCCCCAUCUUUUAUGUGAUUUUAUGUCUAGUCCUGCCAUUUGUUUGCAAAUAGCAGCCAGCCAGAUAGCUCUGGGAAUCUUAGAAGCAGGGGAGGUGAUGCCUCACUUAUACCCCCUGCAUUGAAGGUCUUUCCAAACCUAGUCCCCCCCUUUUUUUUAACUCUCAUGGCCAAUACUGGGAUGGUCAUAGAGGACCCCAGAUGGUCAGAGACCUAAGUGAUAUAUGUCCUCAAUAAAUACAAAAUAAUGGGGUGGGGGUCCUUGGGGAUACUCUGUGUUAGGUUUGGAGGUGAGAAAUACAACUUCACAUUUCCAUGACUAGACAAGUCUGUAGGCUCUGCCUUUCUCACUUUUUAUCACAGGAUAAAUGAUUUAUGCAUCAAGUAGGCAACUUGGCUGGAAAUUCAGCUCUUAUUUCUGUUAGAAUAAGCAUUCGUUCUCUCAGUUUCCAGUGAUCGGGCUGUGAGUGCCAGUGAUUACUCAGCCAAAAUAGAAGCACCUAUGCAGAGGGGAGGAGCAGGAUGCCUUGGCAGAGCUAUAGAGUAAAUGUCUAUACACAUGAAUAGCUGAAUUUGUAUAUCCAGCCAAGAUGGAGCCAGAGUCUGUGCAGUUUAUUGGCUGAUGGGAAGCUGUGUUCAGCAACUGGGUUGAGUAAGUGGAUUCUCAAGGACUGAUUGCUACACUUCUGCAGAAACAAUAGAGCCCUAAAAAUUAGUAAGGUGCAUAAGUUAGACCUUAAGGCAGGCUUCCUCAAACUCAGCCCUUCAGAUGUUUUUGGCCUACAACUCCCAUGAUCCCUAGCUAGUCAGGGAUUAUGGGAAUUGUAGUCUCAAAACAUCUGGAGGGCCGAGUUUGAGGAAGCCUGCCUUAAGGUGCCACUGUAUUGGGUUUUUUUGUUGUUGUUUUUUGCUGAGACAGGCCCCAUCUAUACAUUUAAAGCAGUCUCACACAAUUUUAUAAACAGUCCAAAGAAUCCCGGGAACUAGUUUGUUAAGAGUGCCAAGAGGAGACCGCUAUUCCGCUCACACAGCCAGAAUUUCCAGCAUCGUUUAACAAUCCAUCCCUCUUCCUUGGGGAUUUUUGCUUUGUGGGCUCUAAAGCAGAGAUGGGGAACUUCAGGCCCAGGGGUCAAUGGCAGCCCACCUACCCUCUUGGCCCUCAAGAUUCUUCCCAGGCCACACACACCUCACCAGCCCUGCUCUGCAGCCUCCUUUUUAACAAUUUUAUUAUAAACUCCUUGAGCGUUUUUGCAUAGCUGGAAUGUGUCCUUGAACACUGACCAUACCUUUUGCUUGCUGGAAUGGAGGACAGCGUGGGGUUUGUGAUUGUGUGUAGAAACCAGCCUGCCACACAAAGGCAAAAUUCACAUUUAUUGUAUUCCUCUGCUCACUUCCACCCCAGCCCCACCCACCACAGGCAUGUGGUCCUCGAAAAGUGUCCCAUGUGGAAAUGUAGUCCUUGAGCUGACAAACUCUGAUCUAAAACAGCAUAUGUGUAUGUCACUAGGUUUCUUGGUGACUAAACAAGACCCUCAUGUCUGCUGAUAGUGCUUUGAGAGUAUUUUUCACAAUUGUUCCUUAUCCCACCCCUUUCUCAUCCUACAGACUGGCAAAUAGCUGCUUUGGUGUUAAUCCUGACGGCAGCCACCAUUACUCUGCUGUCAUUCCUCCUGUCUCUGACUUCCUUCUGCCUGGGGAUCUAUAAGCGCUAUUACCGGGUUGUUGCCAUCCUCCUUUUUGCUGCUGGUACGUAUCCUUUAACCUCUGCUUCUGUUCAUUUCUAUGCUGCUUUUAUUUAUUUAUUUGAAAUGUAUUUAUAUACCGCUGUUCAUAAAAAUAAAUAAAACCGGAGUGAUUUGCAACAAUUGUACAUAAAACCACACAAUAAAAAACAAAUAGAAAAGUUAAAAUCAGAAAUCGGCUAAAUAUCAAGGCUCGCUGCUUUUGCUGCUGGGCCAGGAGUGAAGUGGGAGCCAUAUAUGAUAUGCUUUGUUGCAAUGUUCAGUCACAGUCGUUAUAGCUUAAAACCCCUUCCAUUCACCCCAUUUCUUUGCAAUUUUUUUUUUUUUGCUUCUUUCAAAAAAUACCUUGCAAGUUCUUGAUGGGCUUGCCUAAUAUGCUCUUUCAGAUACCCAAGCAGCAUCAAUAAUGGACCUGUAGGUAAGGCCUAGCUAAUUGCCAAUGGCUGUCCUUUCCAUUUUUACUCCAGAUGAACUUGGGCCAAAUCUGCAACAGGCAUUUAAAGCCCUAUCAUGUCACUUUAAACCGCCUUGACUUCCCUAAUAGAAUCCUGGGGACUGUAGUUUGUUAAGGGUGCUGAGAAUAAUUAGACAGCCCCUGUUCCCUCACAAAGCUACAUUUCCCAGAGUGGAUUAACAAUCACUUAAUCCCUCUUCCUAGGGAACUCUGAGAUUGGUAGCUCUGUUGGGGGGAAAGUUGUCAGCACCUUUAACAAGCUUAUUGCUUAUUAUUAUUUAUUGACUUUAUAUCCCAUCCUUCCUCCUCACAAAAGGAGCCAUGGGUGGCCGUUCCCAGGAUUCUUUGGGAAAGCAAUGACUUUUAAAGAAGCAUCAUGAUGCUUUAAAUGUAUAGUGCAGAUGCAGUCAAACCUCGGUUGUCGAAUGUAAUCCAUUCAGGAAGCGCGUCGGAUGCUUGGCUUCCGAAAAACGUUUUUGGUUGGGAGCCAAAACGUUUCAGAACAGAGGCGUUUGGGGACCGAGAUUUGACAUCAUAAUAAUAAUAAUAUUUUUAUUUAUAUCCCACCCUCCCCGGCCAAAGCUGGGCUCAGAGCGGCUAACAACAAGUAAAAAUAGCACAGUGUACGUAAAAUCACACAGUCAAUUAAUUAUAAUACAUUCUAAAAUCAAUUUGGGAUCAAAUGAAUGGCGACCAUUGGGCUAGAGUUCUAUGUGGACUACAGAAGGAGAGAUGGGGUCAGACUGUGCUUGCCCAAAGGCCUGGUGGAACAGCUCUGUCUUGCAGGCCCUGUGGAAAGAUGUCAAGUCCCGCAGGGCCCUAGUCUAGACAGAGCGUUUCACCAGAUCGGGGCCACGGCCGAAAAAGCCCUGGCUCUGCAGGAGAUUCCUGUGGCCUGGGAUCUCCAAGAUGUUUUUAUUUGAAGACCAUAAGGUCCUCCGUGGGACAUACCAGGAGAGGUGGUCCUGUAGGUAUGAGGGUCCUAGGCCGUAUAGGGCUUUAAAGGUUAAUGACCUUGUCUUAAAUGUUGGUAAACACAGAAACAAGAAUGUGGCAGACUUGGAGAUCAGUUGUUCCUGAUCUCCCCAGUGUUGCGAACAAGUCUCCAUGGAACAAGUGUAUUUUCCUUCUUUGGAUUUCUAACAAAUCUUUUUUCUUUGUUGGAUUGGUCUAGUGGUUCUGCAUGUCUGUGCCUUAAUCCUCUACCCCAUCAAAUUCAUCGACAGCAGCAUGCUGAUGAGCUACCACGAGUUCAACUGGGGCUACGGCUUAGGCUGGGGAUCUGCCGUCUUCAUGCUGGGUGCUGCCAUCCUUUACUGCUUACGCACAGAUUUGUAUGAAGAUGCAUACUAUUGAGGCAGGCAGAUGGAGCUGGACUGGAUUAUCAGACUGCUGGGACCAGACUGGUAGACAAGAGGAGAGAGAUGAAAUGGGGAAAGGAGUGGUGGAUUGGCACACUUGGCCCUUCCAGAUGUGCACCUCAUCUUGGCAAGAUGCUGGCAGACGCCUUGAAAAAUGAAGAUGCAGAGAUCUUGAGUUGGACACCCUUCAAAGAAUUAGAGGAACAAAAAACUAUAAAAGAGCCAUACUUCUCCACAGAAUAACUAGCUUGAGAUCUUUCGCUUGUUUCUAUUAUUCUAUGCAGGAAACAUUGUCUUUAUUUUUAAAGAGAACAACCCCCUGUGUUGAAGUAGAACUUGGUUGCCUUUAUUUUGAGGUGCUUAGCACACACCCUUUCACAUGGUGUAGGAGACAGGUGGGGGAGCAUAGGGUGAAGUCAACUGGAUCUGUAAACGUAUCAGUAGUAAAUCCACUUGAUCCUGGGAAACCAGAAGUGCACAGAGACUGGUUUGCUGGUGGUGAUCUCGGUCCCUGCUCUGUGCAGAAAGUGUGUGGGUUUGUGUAGCUGCAGAGUUGAAUAAACCAACCUAUUAAAAUGAGAUUGCCAUGGUG